GCCAUAUAAAUCGCAGCCCUUUCUGGAGAAAAAUAUUACUGCGGAAUUCAUUUUCAAGUCGCGCUUUUUCCUCUUUCUUUCUGCAUUUCGAAGUAAUGGAAGCCGGUGGGAAAGCGAAGAAGGGAGCUGGAGGAAGGAAAGCAGGCGGUCCAAAGGCAAAAUCGGUUUCUCGCUCCGUCAAAGCCGGAUUACAGUUCCCGGUCGGUCGAAUCGGCCGUUACUUGAAGAAAGGCCGUUAUGCUCAGCGUGUGGGAAGCGGUGCUCCGAUAUACCUAGCUGCUGUUCUUGAGUACCUCGCUGCUGAGGUCCUGGAGUUGGCCGGUAAUGCUGCAAGAGACAACAAGAAGAAGACAAUCAUUCCAAGACAUGUUCUUUUGGCUGUGAGGAAUGAUGAGGAGCUCGGGAAGCUUUUGGCUGGUGUGACUAUUGCUCAUGGUGGAGUUUUACCGAACAUUAACCCGGUUCUUCUACCAAAGAGAAGCGAGAAGCCAUCGACUGAGCCUAAGUCACCAUCGAAGGCUGCAAAGUCUCCAGCAAAGUCACCUAAGAAGGCUUAGUAUAGUCUCUGCUUUGCUUUUUCUGGUGUUUAUGUAGCUCCUUUUUUGUGCUCUAGGUGUAGAUAAAUGUUGAUGCUUAUAGGAAGUUGGGGCCAUUUUACUUCAAAUUGCAUGUGUUGAAUGUAUGCAAUAAUGGACCUCAAUUUUCCAUGAACCGAGACUGCUUGUAUGGCAUGAGAUGGAUAUCUUUUGGUUCAUUUCAUUUUGUUACU